AUGAACGGGUUACCGACUUCUCAGCAGGCUCUGAAGUUGGGCGCCGAUGAGGUGCUGGUGCGGGUGGCUUGUGUUGCACUGAAUCCCUAUGACGCCAAAUCAGUCGACAUGUCGCCCAGCCCUGGCGCGACAGCUGGAGUUGACUUUGCCGGCGAGGUCGUUGCCCUGGGCGAGGGAGCUGACUCGUCCUCCUCCCGACUUGCCUUGGGAAAACGCGUGUGCGGUUGUGUGUUCGGCAACAACCCGGACCGGCGCGAUAAUGGCGCCUAUGCUGAGUACGUCGCUGUGCCCGCGUCGCUGGUUCUCUGUAUCCCGGACUCCAUGACUUUUCCGGAGGCAGCGACGCUGCCAUCUGGUAUGGCCACCACGGGAGGGGCAUUUUACAAUGGCCUCAACGUGCCCACACAACUUCAACCGCCUCCAACAGCUGGGCGCGGCGGCGACCUUUGA